AAUGGGGCCGGCGCUCCAGAGGAAAAUCCGUGGAUGGCCUGACCGGAAGUGGGUCGGGUCGGUGCUGAGGCCGAGAGUCCAGGUGUCGGAAAGACUUCCGUCUCCUCCAGCCAUGUAGCUGGCCCGCACAUCACAGGCUUGGAGGCCGUCCUGCUGAACACAGACACCUUCCUGGAGCAGCAGCAUCGUUGAGGGCACCAGCAAAAUGAAGGGCCGUGUCCUUCCUGAUCUUAACUUUAGCCCCACUCGGUUCCUCUGAGCAUCAUCAAUAAGAAUUUUAUUGCAUUGUCAAUAAAAAUGAUUAAGAUACCCGGGCACUGAAUUACACCCAACCCAGACUGAACCCUGCCUUCUCGGAGUCUUCCAAGAAGACAGCCCAGACCUCAGACCAAGCCCCGCUCCCACGCUCUUACCGAGACCCCCACACUCGCUGCACGGCCCCCCCACCCACGUGCUCCUGCUCUUUAGCUGGCGGGCGUGGACGUGUCGUCUGUUAUGAUCUCUCCGGGGUUCCCACCGUGGGCUCUGCUGAACUCACUGCAGAGGUGGUGAUGUUAGGGAUAUUAGUCCCUUUGCUUUCACCCUCCCCCCUCUUCUCCAGAACCAGCGGAUAUUUACAAAUCCAGUGACAGUGGCUCCUCUCCUGAUCAAGUCCUAAACGGUCAGCUUGUUUCUCACGGUCCUUAGAAGAGCUGGUAAAGAGGAUGGGUCUGUCUGCCUUGGCAUGGCUGCUUGGGCUGUGCCCCUGGAGGGGACCAGGCACCAGCUGGUGCCGCCCCCUGUGUCUUAGAGAUGAGAAAGGCCUCGUGCAGGCUGGACCUUGAGCUCAGGGCUGGCGGUUUUCCUUCUGGGUUCUUACGCCGCUGAGAAACUUGAGGAGUGGAAGCAUGAGGCCAGAGAGCCCGUGAGCAGCAGCCCCAUGCCGGGCUGCAGAAGCCCUUGCUUGCAGCCUGCCUCUGCGAGGAACCCCCUGCCGGAGGCUUCCUGUCCCAGGCAGACGGUCCCCGUGCCAGGAUGGCUGUGCUGAAAAGACGGAAGAAUAGCAGGACUGUUGGAGAGGAGAUGGAGAAAUUGGAAGCCUUGUGCUUUGCUGCUGUGAAUGGAAAAUGGAAAACAGCCUGGCAGUUCCUCAAAAAGUUAAAUAUCAGAUUACCAUAUGACCCAGCAAUUCCACUGCUAGGUAUAUACCCCCAAAUUUGAAAGCAGGGGCUCAAACAACUCCAUGUGCACACACAUGCUCACGGCAGCACUGGUCACAACACCCAAAAGGUGGAAACAGCCUGGAUGUCCAUCAACAGAUGGCGGGGUAGACCAGAUGUGGCAUCCCCAUGCACUGGAAUAGUAUUCAGCCAUGAAAAGGAAUGAAGUCCUGACACAGGCUGCCACGUGGAUGAACCCUGAAAACAUUCUGCCAGGUGAAAGGAGCCAGACGCGAAAGACCACUAAAAAGAAAGACAAGAAAGAUCUCGAUUGUACCCCAUUUCCGCUUGAGGUCUUGAUCAGCCAGCUCUUGCUGGGCCUUUUUCCAAGCUCCCUGCUGCAGCUGGGAGGGCCUGUCGUCCCCCCCCCCCCCCCACCCCGAGGACCUGGCGGGAGACUGUUUACUGUUGCACCAACGGAGUUGAUUGAGGAGAAGUGGGGGAAGGUGCUGUGUCUCCAGCAGUUCGCUGAUGGGAGUUUCCAGAGGAUUCUGCCAGAUAGAAGGGAAGAUGGGGAAUGCCAAAAGCCGCUCGGGGCAGAACGCGUGUUCACAGUUUCUUCCUGAGGAGCGGGCCGAGAUCGAUCGACUGUUUGAUGCUCUGUCCUCGGGCAAACACAGCUCCAAUACCCCGCCCAGAUCCUUCUCUCUGCAGGCCCUCCAGAGCCACAUUGGAGAGGCUCUCCCCCCAGAGAUGGUCACCAGGCUGUAUGAUGGGAUGCAGAGGGUCAACCUGACAGGGACAGCGAAGGGGCCCAGCGAGGGUGUCUCCCAGGAGCAGUUCACAGUGUCGAUGUCCCACCUCUUAAAAGGAAACUCCGAGGAGAAGAGUCUCAUUAUCCUGAAAAUGAUUUCUGCUACGGAAGGUCCUGUGAAAGCAAGAGAAGUCCUAAAGUUUACAGAGGAUCUGGUUGGCUCUGUUGUGCACGUGCUAGACCACAGACAGCAGCUGAGGGGCUGGACUCAGAAGAAAGGCCCCGGCUGCCCGCCCAGGGUGCAGGUGCUGGCGGCUCAGCUCUUCUCCGAGAUGAAGCUUCAAGAGGGUGAGAAGCUUCUGGGGCCUCAGCAGCUGGACUGUGACUGUGACCGAGCCAUGAUCGAGGACUGGGUGUUCAGGACCCCCCACGUGGCCACGUUUCUGAGCGUGGUCAUCAACAGAGGCUUCCUCCUCCUGUGCUCGUCCCUCGACCUGUCCGCCCUGCUCCCCGAGCGUCUAGUCGACCAGGGGCGGGAGUUUGAGAGCAUCCUGGACGUGCUGUCCGUCAUCUACCUCAACUCCCACCUGCCCAGGGAGCAGCGCCACCGCUGGCACCUGCUCUUCUCGUCUGAGCUCCACGGGCACAGCUUCGCCCAGCUCUGCGGACUCAUCACCCAGCGGGGGCCCUGUGUGAUGCUCCUCGAGGACCACGAUGGCCACGUGUUUGGUGGGUUUGCCUCCUGCUCCUGGGAGGUCAAGCCUCAGUUUCAAGGGGACGACAGAUGCUUCCUGUUCUCCAUCUCCCCCAGCAUGGCUGUGUACACCUGCACGGGCUACAACGACCACUACAUGUACCUGAAUCAUCGGCAGCAGACCAUCCCCAAUGGCCUGGGCAUGGGUGGGCAGCACAAUUACUUCGGGCUGUGGAUCGAUGUCGAUUUCGGAAAAGGACACAGCAAGGCCAAGCCCACGUGUACCACGUACAACAGCCCUCAGCUGUCGGCCAAGGAGAACUUCCGGUUCGAGAAGUUGGAGGUGUGGGCGGUGGGCGAUCCCCCAGAGUCGCAGCUGGCCAAGAGCAAGAAGAGCAUUCUGGAUGUGGACCCCGAGGCCCAGAUCCUGCUGGAAAGCUGUGGGCGGAGUUGCCACAGCCAGGGGCUCCGGGAAGUCCCGGAGGACGAUGAGUGAGGUGUCCCCGAGCUCGAGUCUUCCUGGAGCUGGAGUGUGGCCCCCCAGGACCAGAGUGCACAGCCUGCAGAACAUAGCCCGCCUGGACGGAGCGCACAGCUGCCGACCCUCCCCUCACCCCGCUUGUGCCUCCUGUAACGUAGAGCCACGCUGGUCGUGUCCAGGUGGUCCUGGCCGUGCUCAAUCAUAACAGAGUAAAAUUCCUCUGGUGCCAUAUGUUGGUUGGUGGGUGUGUCUCCUAGAAAUCCCGAGUCAGAUUAGCGAUGGAAUUCUUAUGCUUUGUCCAUCUCGUCUGGAUGAAAUCCGAAGAGGCUGAGGUGCCGAGAUGCUGAGACCUCUGCUGGAGUUAGCGUCGUUGGGAACGUGAGCUCUUGCCGUGUCGGAGGGGGUUCCACCUGCCGGGGCUCCCAUGGCCUCUGCUCAGACCGUCCCAGUUACACACGGGCCUCGAUGGUCCAUUUCAACUGGUAAAGCGGCGUUUGGAUGUGAAUUUGGACACUUUUGGGGAGCAUCUUCCUAUGACAUGGAAUUUCUGUAUUUAUAAAAAAGCAUAGUAUAUUAAUGGGGAAAAUAGCUGAAGAUUUUGAAGAUCACAGUGGCAUGGGUCCUCAGGAGGUGUUUAUAAUAAGGUGCCACAUCUGCCUUUUUUGGCUGUUUUUAAAUGAACGUGUGAGCAAAUGGGGAAACCUCCUGGUUGUGGUUCUGUUGCUAGUUUAAAUGUGGGGGACUCUCUGGUCCCUAAGGCGAGAGUUCUGUUGAUACAUACACACGGCAGGUCGCAUAGGUUGGUGGUGACCCACUUGACAGUGCUGGCCUGUGUUCUGGCCUCCUGGCGCCACGCCCAGCAGUAUCGCCCUCCCUGUCAGUGCUGUUCCCGAAGGGGAGGGAGGGUAAUUGGUCAGUGUGGACUCGCUUUAAACGACUCCAGUGAUUCCGCAAUGCUAACGAUGCCCCAGGCGGGCUGGGCCUCCAGGCAGAGCUGCCAUCUCCCCAUCCGUCAGAGGCAGGCCUGAAGAAACUCUGAUCUCACUGUGAGGAUGCCCUCCUUAAAGGAGCUGUGGGGCUCAUCUCUAGGAAACUCACCUCCUCUUUUUGUCUUUUGCUGCAAACUUUGACCUUAUGCAGAUCUGACAAAAGCGCAACCUUUUCUUACAGAGUUUGCCCUGAUUAUAAGCCAGGGUAGACUGAGCUCUUUGCAUAGUGCAGGCUCUGCAUUUUUUACCAGGAGGCUCAUCACACUGUGCACUUGGCAGGGCCCCUGGCUGAGCAGAAGGCCUUGUAACUUAGCCUUCAAAAGGAGAGGGCGAGCUCAGACGGGGCACGGAGGUGCAGAGGCAUGACACCUGCAGACGUGGCCGCGAUUGAUCUUCCUCAUAAAAAGCCAGUCUUUAAUAGCUUCUCAGGUGCAUUAUGUGACCUUCUGAACUAAUGGAAUAGCAGAUACGGGAUAUUAAGACCCUCAAGUAUCCUCACCAGAAUCCGUAGAAUUAGGUCCUGAAUCUUCAGUUUGUUGUGGAAUUUUUUUAUAAAAUGCAAUUAAAUACCUCGCUGCUGAAAGGUC